AUGCCUGUCCUGAGCCGCUAUGAUGCUGAUGCAAAUGAACUACGGCCUCAGCAGGCGCUUUGGCGAUAUGAUGAGACUUCAGAUGACCAAUCUUCAGGUUCGAAUACUUGCGGGGGAGGUUCUGAGAUUCUUGGAUCCAAGAACACGGAUUACUGCUCUACUGAAGACGCCACCUUGCGACUGCGGGUGUCGGCUGCCAGCGGACAUUUUGAAGAAGACCUGCCGAAGCUUUUGGAGUCUGCCCAAGCAGAGCCAAGACGCUCUGUUAUGGAACCUACAGGUUGGAUCAGGUUCAUCGAAAAGGAAGUGAAACCACACGAGCUGCCGUACAGAGCUCGUCGGCCCACUCCUUCUUCAGCCAUCUCUAUCAUACAGCUGCUGAGUCAAUGCCAACGGAGAGACUUGACUUACAAUUAUUUGGUCAGGGAGCACUUGAAAGAGGAGCUUCUCAAAAAACUGAUCCAUCGCAAGCUGACGGGUCCUACGGUGGAAAUUAUGGAAUCGAUGGACCCCACAAAAUUGCCUGUGAGAGAGCUGCCCCCAGGCACAACAGCGUCCCUGUAUGUCAUGUACCUUGCUUUUUGCAAGGUAGGCCAUAGCGGUACCUCUGAGCCAUGCGGCAAGAGCACAUUUUACAAUGUGUUCAAGGCCUGGUCUCCAGCUUUGCGCUUUAGGAAAAAAUCCCAACACGCGAUGUGCGUGACAUGUCAGACGUUGAAGACGGCCAUCCACAAUGCAACUAAGGACUUCGAUGAGCAUGCCAAGCUUUGCAACCAAUUGCUUUCCCACUACUCAGACCAAUACAAAGAUCGAUUGGUUUACUGGGCGGCAAGGGCUAGAUCGUCGACAGAGGGUGACAUACUAUGCAUGAUAGUUGACUCUUUCGAUAGAUCGAAGUUGCAGCUCCCUGCAUGGCCCCUACGGAGAACCCCGAAGAGAACCGUGUACGAAACAAUCAACAGUGACCUUGAUCAAUUGUUUGCAGAAAAAAGAAAACAAACAUGGGGAUAG